UGUUUCAGAUAAAAGAUUAAUCGACCCCAACAAAUUUUAACAAGAAAGUCUUCGUCUUUUCGCUUUGAUCGGUUAAGCUAGCUAUGGAGGAAGUGAAGGUGAAGGAAGAGGGGAAGGAGUCGGUGACGUAUGUAGCAGCUCCAUCAGCUGCUGCAUCUUCUUCUUCUUCAUCUUCAGGCUUUUCACCACAGCCGAUGGAGGGGUUACACGACGCGGGACCGCCGCCAUUUCUGUUGAAAACCUUUGAAAUAGUGGAGGACCCAUCAACUGACUCCAUUGUUUCGUGGAGUAGAGCUCGUAACAGCUUCAUUGUUUGGGACUCUAAUCAGUUUUCUACUAAUCUGCUUCCCAAGUACUUCAAGCACAAUAAUUUUUCUAGCUUCAUUCGCCAGCUCAACACAUAUGGUUUUAGAAAGAUCGACCCCGAUAGAUGGGAAUUCGCCAAUGAAGGAUUUUUGGGAGGACAGAAGCAUCUAUUGAAGACAAUUAAAAGAAGACGACAUGUUUCACAGAAUAUACAGCAACAAGGAGGAGGAGCUUGUGUUGAAUUGGGACAAUACGGGUUGGAUGGUGAGCUUGAAAGACUAAAGAGAGAUAGGAGUUUGUUAAUCUCUGAAAUUGUGAAACUAAGGCAACAGCAACAGCAAUCGAGAGACCAGAUUACGUCAAUGGAGAAAAGGAUAGAAAUUACUGAAAGGAAACAACAACAGAUGAUGACAUUCCUUGCCAAAAUAUUCAACAAUCCAGAAUUUGUCAAGCAAUUUGCUCUCAGAAAUGCACACAGACGGGAAUUUCAAGGUGUUGAAAUUGGGAGGAAGCGGAGGCUAACUGCCAGCCCAAGCUUGGAGAACUUACCAGCAGAAGCAAUCACUAUGACACCUACAGGAGUGGAGAGUGGUCAGACUUUGGAUUAUGAAAUCCAAGAUCAAGAUGAGUUGGUAGAUGUGGCGACUGAUAUAGAAACAUUCAUCUCUUCUGCCCUGGACAAUGAAUCCAGCCGUGAUUUAAAUUAUGAGAUUCCCAGUUCAAUACCCGCAAGUAGUGGCAAUAUGGGUGAUGAGCAUGAGACAAUUUGGCAGGAUUUGUUUACUGAUGAUCUGCUUGCUGGCAAUCCGGAAGAUGUGGUGGGUGAUCAAUCAGAAGCUGAUGUGCAAGUAGAGGAUUUGGUUGCAAAUCCUGACGAUUGGGGGGAGGACUUGCAAGACCUUGUGGAUCAGAUGGGUUUUCUCAGGUCAAAACCAUGACCAAAUACCUUGCUGUUAGAGAAUCGGCUGUGGUAUUCUUCUGGGCUGUGUUGGCCUUUGCAACCCCAUUCUUGCUUUUUCCUUGUGAAGUGGUGAAAGUUGCAAGAGGCCAACAUAUGACCUAUAUUUCUGUAUCCUUAGAACAAUAAUCUGACGAGUUUUUCAUUUUCACUAAUACAUAUUCUCUAGUGUUGCCUUUUUGCUCCAAUUUGAUAUUCUGUAUUCUCUUUGUUGCGUUUUGCAGGCACAGAUUCAAGGUCGCGGAAGAAGAUUUGUAAUGGGGCGCUUCAACUAUUGAUUUUUUCAACCAGUCGUUCCAGUUUCAAGUGCCUGAUGUAAUUUUGUGCUUCGAGCUUUAGUUAGUACUAUUGCAUUACAUUUGUUGAUUUUUAUACGUGUGAGCAACCAGAUAUUUGUAUGUAACAGUUUGCUUGUAUGGAUGUAUCCUCUACCUCUACCACUUGUAGCUCAUCAAAGAUUUCCUUUGUGUUCAAACAUUUACCAAGCUAGUGCUCAGCUUGCUGGUAAUUCAUUGAUGUGUAGGACAUUAUGCAUCAAUCUUUUUGUACCCAUUUAAUACUUAUUAAUAGUGGCGAUGCCUGUAUAUUAUUUAUA